UAACCAAGAGCUGCCCCUGCCAAGCAAUAACUUUCUCACCUUGUCUCCAGCAGGGAAACCAUUGAAAUACAUGCUGGCGGUGGUGCUCCUUGUCAUUUUCCAGGUGUGCCGGUGCCAGGACGAGGUCACAGAUGACUACAUAGGGGACAACACCACGGUAGACUACCGGCAGUUCGAGACUGUGUGCUUCAAGGACGAUGUACGGGUCUUCAAGGCCUGGUUCCUCCCCAUCAUGUACAGCAUCAUUUUCAUCAUGGGCCUGCUGGGCAAUGGGCUGGUCAUCCUGACCUACAUCUACUUCAAGAGGCUCAAAACCAUGACCGACACCUACCUGCUCAACCUGGCCAUGGCUGACAUCCUCUCCCUCCUGGCCCUGCCCUUCUGGGCAUACAGUGCAGCCCAGUCUUGGAUCUUUGGUGUCCACGUUUGCAAACUCAUCUUCGGCAUCUACAAGACAAGUUUCUUCAGUGGCAUGCUCCUGCUUCUGUGCAUCAGCAUUGAUCGCUACGUGGCCAUCGUCCAGGCCGUGUCGGCCCACCGCCACCGGGCCCGCGUCCUCUUCAUCAGCAAGCUGUCCUGUGUGGGAAUCUGGAUCCUGGCUGUGGUGCUGUCCACUCCGGAGCUGCUGUACAGCGGCCUCCAGAGGAGCGCCAGUGAGCAGGUGCUCCGGUGCUCCCUCAUCACCGAGCAUGUGGAGGCCUUGAUCACCAUCCAGGUGGCCCAGAUGGUGGUGGGCUUUCUCAUCCCCCUGCUGGCCAUGAGCUUCUGCUACCUGGUCAUCAUCCGCACCCUGCUCCAGGCGCGCAACUUCGAACGCAACAAGGCCAUCAAGGUGAUCAUCGCUGUGGUCGUGGUCUUCAUCGUCUUCCAGCUGCCCUACAAUGGGGUGGUCCUGGCCCAGACGGUGGCCAACUUCAACAUCACCAGCAUCAGCAGCUGCGAGCUCAGCAAGCAGCUCAACAUCGCCUACGACAUCACCUACAGCCUGGCCUGCGUCCGCUGCUGCGUCAACCCUUUCCUGUACGCCUUCAUCGGCGUCAAGUUCCGCAACGAUCUCUUCAAGCUCUUCAAGGACUUGGGCUGCCUCAGCCAAGAACAGCUCCGGCAGUGGUCCUCGUGCCGGCACGCCCGGCGCUCCUCCAUGAGCAUGGAAGCCGAAACCACCACCACCUUCUCCCCAUAGGAGGGCCCACUGCCCGGACAGGAGGCACAUCUCCCUGGUCCCCUGCAUCAGAGACGGAGAACAGAGGACAUGAUUCCAGACCCACAAGCUGCUGAGGAAAGAGC